AUGAAACAAUAAAAUGAUGUGAUGAACUUACUUGAUAUAUUAUUAGACUAAGGUGAAAUGCAUUAAGGCUUUAUUUAAUAAUAUAAACCUCUUAAGAUUCUCGGGAAAGGAGCAUUCUCUACUGUGAUUGAGGCUCUGAAUAUGUCAAAUAAAUUAGUAGCAAUAAAAAUAAUUGACAAAGUUCAUUUUACUUCUUAGCAAAUAGAGAUUUUGAGAUAAGAAGCUCAACUUCUAAUUAAAUUAAAUCAUGCGAAUAUCGUGCGUGUUUCUUUUAGUAAGGAAACAAAAAAUAAGCUUUUUAUAACCAUGGAUCUCAUUAAUGGAGUUACAUUGUCAUAAUAUCAAAGGAACUAAUUGGACAACGAGACUGUUGUUUGUAUAACAAAGCAGAUACUUGAAGCCAUAUAAUAUUUACACUAGCAGGAUAUAAUCCAUAGGGAUAUUAAACCUGAAAACAUCAUGAUUGAUCCAGAGAAUUUGCAUGUAACCUUGAUAGAUUUUGGAUUAUCAGCUUAAUUGGCACACAUAGAUGGUUCAGGACUCAUGAGUGAGAAUUGUGGAACUAUUUUGUAUAUGGCACCUGAAUAAAUCUAGAAAAAGAGAUACAAUAGAAGUAUUGAUAUUUGGGCUUUGGGAAUUGUGGUGUUUAAUUUAUUAAAUAAAGGCAAACAUCCUUUUUUCUAACAAAUGGAUGACAUUUCCUCUUAUACUGAGAAGAUUACUUGGAUGAAAUGGAAUUGGAAUUCUGAAAUCAGCCAAAAGGCAAUGAGUUUCCUUCUUAAAACAAUUGCCUAUCAUCCAGAAGAUCGAUUAAAUGUGGAUCAAUGUUUGGAGCAUCCAUGGAUUACUGGAAAAAAUGAUUAACCACUAACCUUUAUUGAAAUUUUGAAAGCUCAUACAAUCUCCUCCAAAAUUAAAAUCUUGAUCAAAGCACUAUCAUUACUUUAGUACCUUAAAAAAAACAGUCCAAUCCUUACUCCUCCGAUUAGAAAUUCAUCGAAAAACCCAACAACACCAGUGGAGAAACAGCAAUUUAGGUUGAGCAGAAAUCCCAGAACCAAAAGCAAAAAUGCUUCUAAUUCUGGUGAAAAAGCUCAAAAACUGUCUAAUGCUGAUUCUGCAUCUAUUGGUUCGAAUAAAGUCUCGUAAUUCAAAGUGAGUAUAAAAGAAAAAAGGAGAGAAAGGAAUUCAUGUGAUUAAUUAAAGAAAAUCACAUAAACUCAGAAGAAAGAACAACUCCUUUUACCUACUUUGCAUAGAUCUUUAGAUAGGACUAUAAAGAAAUAUUAAGCAAAUUUACCAAUAACUGAUAAUUCUUUGAGUCAAUCAAAACUUCUAGAGAACUCGAUAUUUUUGAGAAGAAAACCAUAAUUUAAUAAAGACAUUUAUAAACCAUUAAACAUCCCAUAGAGUAAGAAUGCUAAUUAAAUAUCAACGAAUUUGAAUCAACCAUAGCAAGAGCUCUCGACAACCCGGCGAAUCCGAUCCUCAAAACCUCCAUUAUAAAAAAGAAGCAAUGUUGAAUGA